AUGGCAGAGGAUCUAGGGCCGGGCUGUGGGGAAACAGCCAGCAUCGAAAUGCUGCCCGAGGACGGCGGCUGCAGGCCCAAGGCCAGAGCUGGGCUAGCAUCCAGAAGCAGCAGUGCACGCUGGGCUCUGACCUGCUGCCUGGUGUUGCUCCCAAUCCUGGCAGGACUCACCACCUACCUGCUCGUUGGCCAGCUCCGGGCCCAAGGAGAGGCCUGUGUGUUCCAGACUCCAAAAGGACAGGAGCUUGGACCUUCACAUCAGCGAUCUUACGCACCUCCUGGAGCCGGUGGGGAUAAGCCAAGGGCACACCUGACAGUUGUGAGACAAACUCCCAUGCAGUCCUUGAAAAAUCAGUUCCCAGCUCUGCAUUGGGAACAUGAACUUGGCUUGGCCUUCACCAAGAACAGGAUGAACUACACCAACAAAUUCCUGGUGAUUCCAGAGUCGGGAGACUACUUUAUUUACUCCCAGGUCACAUUCCGAGGGACCACAUCCGAGUGUGGUGAAAUCAGCCAAGGGAGCCGACUAAACAAGCCAGACUCCAUCAUCGUGGUCAUCACCAAGGUAACGGACAGCUACCCUGAGCCGACCCAGCUCCUAAUGGGGACCAAGUCAGUGUGUGAAAUAGGCAGCAACUGGUUCCAACCCAUCUACCUAGGGGCCAUGUUCUUCUUGAAUGAAGGGGACAAGCUGAUGGUGAACGUCAGUGACAUCUCUUUGGUGGAUUACACAAAAGAAGAUAAAACCUUCUUCGGAGCCUUCUUGCUAUAG